AUGCCCAAGCGCAAAGCAGCGUCCAAGAUCUCCGGUCUGGUCGAGUCCGACGGCGAAGAUGUAAUGCAGACGGGCGCGAAUGGAGACGCGUCCGCCAAAGAGGAGCCCCUCGACGAGCGCCCCGCGAAGAAACCCAGAGGGAGGCCGAAAGCAGCCCAGCCAAAGGUCGAGAUAACCAAGACUGCCUCCGAGCCCGCGCGCCUGUCCGCGACUGCUCCUGCCAAGCAGGAGAUGCUGCCCAAAAGGCACUCGGGACGAGGCAGACCGCGAACGGCCACCGCCGAGCCUGAACCGCAGGCGCAGAACGCUGGCAAGGAAGAAGACAAGGAGGAAGACAAGGAAGAGGGCAAGGAGGAGGACAAAGAUGCGCAUGAUGCUGCUGAUGCAGAAAAUGCGCAGCCUGAUGUUUCCAAUGACGAGUUAGGCUCAUCCAAGGAUACUACGAUGCCAAAGAGGCGGGGUCGAGGGCGAAAGGCGUCAACCAGUUCCAAGCAAGUCACUACAGAUGGUGAAUUCGAGUACACUCCCACAAGCUCGCGGCACUCGAGGCCUCCAGAUGAACCAGAAGAUCUUCCGAAGAGACGGCCAGGCAGACAACGGAAACCAGCCGAGGAGGACGCCGUCGUGCCAGACAGCCAGAAACCAGUACCAGAAGUCAAUGAGACAAUUCUGUCAGAGGAAGAGCCGGUAAAUUCAAGGGAAAAGUCGGUAUCACCGCUCAAACCUCGAGUGAACGGGCAGACGACCCGCAAACGAGGACCUGGCGGUCUCUCAGAUAAUGAGAAGACGUCAGAGCCGGAGCUGAGGCGCAAACUUGGCGAGAUGAACAAGAAAUAUGAAAGUUUAGAGACAAAAUAUCGCAAUUUGCGGGAGAUUGGAAUUGUAGAAGCCAAUGCCAAUUUUGAGAAGCUGAAGAAGCAAUGCGAAGCCGCCACAGCCGCCUCUACGGAGCUCAUCGCAUCUUUGAAGAAGGAAUUGGCGCACCACACCGCACUAGGGCAGCAAGCUCGAAGCCUACAGAAGAAGCUGAAAGAACGCGAGACACAAGUCGCUGAUCUGCAGUCCCAAGUGGAUGACCUGUCGUCGCAGCUCUCGACGGCUCAGACAGAAAUAAAGGCACUACAGACCAAGUUGGCCGCUGCGCGAAACGCAGCAGCAAGCGUCGAGAGCGCCAGUUCCAAAGGUCCUGGCAGUGCAGUCAAGAACAGCAGUGCCAACCGGAACGCUAGCGCUGAAGCGGCGCAGGCGGCCCAGCUUGCGCAGUUGAAAGAAGAUCUCUACAGUGACCUGACCGGUCUGAUCAUUCGAAGCGUCAAGAAACGGGAGUCGGAUAAUCUGUACGACUGCAUUCAGACUGGCACUAACGGAACUCUUCAUUUCAAGCUUGCAGUGUCCCACGAUGGGGACGGCAAGACUUCCAAUUUUGAUAGCGCCGAAUUCCACUACAUGCCACUUCUCGACGCCAAUCGCGACCGCGAUCUGGUCGAUCUUUUGCCCGAAUAUCUUACUGUCGACAUUACAUUCUCGCGGCAGCAUGCAUCGAAGUUUUACACGAGGGUUAUGGACACGCUCACAAAAAAGCGAGUCGAGUCUGUUGAUUGA